CCACGUGCAACCGCCCCGCCCGCCAGCCGCUCAAAUAUGGGUUCCUGCGGGGCGGUGGGCUCCGUGCGUGCGCGCUACCUUGUGUUCUUCCAGUACUUGGGCACAGACUUCAAUGGAGUUGCGGCCGUGAGAGGUAACCAUCGCGCUGUUGGGGUACAGAACUUUCUGGAGGAGGCUGCCAAGCGGCUGAACUCGGUCGAGCCGGUCAGGUUCACUAUCUCCAGCCGCACUGAUGCCGGAGUGCAUGCCCUGAGCAACGCGGCGCACCUGGACAUCCAGCGCCGCCCAGGCCGGCCGCCUUUCUCCCCAGAGAUCGUGACCAAGGCCCUCAACACCCACCUGAAGCACCCAGCCAUUCGUGUACUGAAGGCCUUCCGAGUGCCCAAUGACUUCCACGCGCGCCACGCAGCCACCUCCAGAACCUACCUAUACCGUCUGGCCACAGGCUGCUCCGGGCCUAAUCAGCUGCCUGUGUUUGAACAAAAUGUAUGCUGGUCUCUGCAGACAGAGUACCUGGAUAUAGCUGCCAUGCAGGAGGCUGCCCAGCAUCUCCUUGGGACACAUGAUUUUAGUGCCUUCCAGUCUGCUGGCAGCCCAGUCCCACAUGCUGUACGCACACUGCGAAGAGUCUCUGUGUCUCCUGGUCCAGCCAGUUUAUAUGUCCUCCCUCAGGAGAGCAGGAGGCUGCAGUUCUGGACCUUGGAGUUUGAAAGCCAGUCUUUCCUCUAUCGACAGGUGCGGAGGAUGACAGCUGUGCUGGUGGCUGUGGGGCUAGGGAUUCUGGCACCUUCACAAGUGAAAGUGAUUCUGGAGAGUCAAGAUCCCUUGGGCAAGUAUCAGACUCGAGUUGCCCCAGCCCAUGGCCUGUUCUUGAAGUCAGUGCUGUAUGACAACUUUGGUCCUACAUCCUGAACCCUAUGGUGUGGAAAUCAGCUGACGGCACACAGUGGAGAUGAAGCCACACGGCAGACAAGGCUGUCAACCUUGUCCAACAUUACUGUGCUUGGCAGAGAUUAAUCUACAGCUAUGUAGGGCUCUGGCGGUCCUGCCUGCCUUCCAGCAGCUCCCACCUCCCCAGGCUUUCUACUCUUUGUCACUAAAGAGACCAGAUAGGGUCCCGGGCAGUCAAAAGCUUUAAGAACCCACGUUUUCUGGGAGCCCUGUUUCCCUGGGGGCAAGGGAAUAGGAAUAAAAGGCACAGAGAACAAAAAGGCCUGUUUAUUACUUUAGCCAGCCUAUGACUCUGAUGCUGGGAAAACUGCAAGAGACCACAGCGGUGGGUUACUGGUGGAUACAUGUCAGCUGGGAGCCUGGGGAAGGCCAUUUUUGAGCAAUGCUGUGAGAAAGCUUCCCAGCUCCUCAUCCUGUAAGAAAGGGAACCACAGUUAAACACUACAAACAACACAAUACCGAGUGAGAUCUCCAGGAGUACUAGUGAUGCCCAUCCUCCUUACUUGGUAAGUCCAGGAGACCAGAAGCACUUUAGUACCAGGGUCCUCUGAGUGGGCAGCAGCUUGGAUAAGAAUGGACUCCACGGUCACAGAGCCAUCCGGGAGAUGCUGUACACAGUGGUCCUUGAGGGUGCUAAGGAGAGGCAUAGUGAGACCCCUGCCUCACUCUGCUUGUAGGGGUGGGGCAAGGUCAGGGCGCACCUCUUGAGAUGGCUGUACACACGUAGGGCUGUUUCUUGUUCUUUGCGUGUGUCCUGCAGGUGCACACGACAGGUGAAGCGCAGUUGGUGUUCGGCCAGGCCCAACUCCUUGAGGGCUUGCUCCGAGGAUACCAGCCGGAAAUUCUGAGAGGCAAAGGCAAACACGUCAUGGAAAGUAAUGGAUGCAGUCCCCACCCCACCCCACCACUGUUUAUACUUACAUUGUCUUUCAUAAUUAGGGUGCCAUGUAAAAGCCUAGGUUUUUUGGCUUCGGGCAACAGUCCUGUGAAGAAUGGAAUGAUGCAGUCAACCCAGCCACCAGUUACCUGCCCCCUUGACCCAUGCCCCAGCUUGCCCUUCAUACCCUGUACCAUCUCGCGCUUCAGCAGUCCGAGGGAGAUGCCCACAGGGAUGCUGGGGCUUGUAGGCAGUGUCACUGUCUCACCGUUGGCUGGCAUGUAGCAGCUGACCCCUGAGGGAAGCAGUACAGAGCCUCAGUCUAGGCUGCCAGCCUUGACUGUACCACCCCACAGGUCUUCCCUGCCCACUGGCUGCCUACGGAAUUCCUGCUCAAUCUUCUGCCUCAGGAACUCCAUCUUCUUGGCCUCGCCAUGCACCAGCAGCACACUCUCGGGCUCUGCCUGCCCCACCAGCUGCAUGAUGCCCUUGGCGUCGGCGUGGGCACUGAAGGACAUGUACUCCACUUGCAUCUUUACCUCCAGCUGCAGCAUCACAAGAUGGAAGCAGAGUCAGCGGCAGCAAGUGCCUCGGAAGGGCAGGCCUGCUGAGCCCAGGACAGGGAGGCACUCACCAUCUGACGCCCUUCCAUUUCCAGCUUGCGUUGCCCACUAAGGAUCUUGUGGCCCACAGUACCUUGCACACAGUAGCCAGGCAUGAUGACCUGAAAGCAGAGGUGAGGUUCAGCUUGGCCUCCCACCACCUCCUGGAACAACCCCUGAUGUGAAUUCUCAGGGGGAGGCAACUACUGUGGCAGUUGCUCAGUCUGAGCUGGUGGCAUCAUAGGGUCAGGACACAAAGGUCAAGGACCAGUUCUGUACUCCAGUUCCCUAAAGCUAUAAAGAGCCCUCUUGGCACUUGGGGAUUGGUCCCAAACCCUCACCA